AAUAACUAUGGAUAUGUCAGUAGGUCCCAUAAGCCUUAACAGUACGGAGCUACUGCUGCAGGACAAUGUGACCAGUAAUGCCCCGGUGAAGCCCGGGGAAGCCUGGAUGGUGGGCAUUGGCAUUCUUAUGUCUAUCAUAGUCCUGAUCAUUGUUUUUGGAAACAUCCUGGUGAUCACUGCCAUAGCCAAGUUCCAGAGGCUGCAGACGGUCACCAACUAUUUCAUCACCUCCCUGGCUUGCGCUGACCUGGUGAUGGGUCUGAUUGUGGUGCCCUUUGGGGCUAGCUCCAUCAUGCUGAACAUAUGGGAGUUUGGCAACAUGUGGUGUGAGUUCUGGACAGCGGUGGACAUCUUGUGUGUCACAGCCAGCAUAGAGACCUUGUGUGUCAUAGCAGUGGACAGGUAUUUUGCCAUCACCUCUCCAUUUAAGUACCAGAGCCUGCUGACCAAGUGCAAAGCCAGGAUUGUCAUCCUUUUGGUGUGGGUGGUCUCUGCACUCACCUCCUUUCUCCCUAUCUACAUGGAGUGGUAUAAGUCUGAUGAGGAGAAGGCUAAUGAAUGCUACCUUGAGGACACCUGUUGCUACUUUUAUACCAACCCAGCCUAUGCCAUAUCUUCCUCCAUCAUCUCCUUCUACCUGCCUUUGGUGGUUAUGAUCUUUGUCUACGCAAGGGUCUUCCAGGAGGCAAAAAAACAGCUGAAAAAGAUAGACAAGUGUGAGGGUAGGUUUCACAGCCAGAACACCCAACAGGACACAAAUGGCAAGCAAGGCAACAAGAGGACCUCAAAGUUCUGCUUGAAGGAGCACAAAGCACUAAAAACUUUGGGCAUCAUCAUGGGCACUUUCACCCUGUGUUGGCUCCCAUUCUUCAUAGUCAACAUUGUCCAGGUGAUAUACAGUGACGUCAUCCCUGACUAUAUUUACACCUUCUUGAACUGGGUGGGAUAUGUCAACUCUGGCUUUAACCCCCUCAUCUACUGCAGGAGUCCAGACUUCUGGUACGCUUUCCAGGAGCUGCUAUGCCUAAGGAAACCAGGCAGCAAGCACUAUGCCAAUGGGUAUCCUCAAAGUAAUGGUAACAGUGUAUACAUGGAGGAAUCUGAAGCUGCUCCCUUGGGGAAGGAUAGAACUUGUGAAGUUUUGUUUAAAGAAGACAAACUGCCCAGUGGAUCCCAUUUGGACUGCGAAGGUACUGUGCUAGAUCAUAGACUCGAACCACUGGGCAGAAAUCACAAUACGCACGGUGAUUGUUUAUUAUAGGAUUUCCUAUUAUUAUUAUUAAUAUUAUUAUUAUUAUUGUGGGAUUUUUUUAUUUUAUUUUUUGCUGUUGUUUUUUUAUUUUUUUUUUAAACAAAAACAACAACCACAAACUGGAUCAUUGCAAUACAAAGGUCAGAACUUUAUUUUAAUGUAUGUGUGUAUGCUACCAAGAAAAUGGAUGUCUUUAUAAAUUUUAUGUUUGCAGAUGGGCGGUGCCCUAGUCUAGCAAAAGGUGUACAUUUAUUAGGCAAGUGGUUAUGUCUGUAUAGUUUCACUUCUUAAAUUAAGGUAAGAAAACAGUGACUUAAUAUCCUGUG